UACGGACCCCAUAAGGGAGGCUGUUCCGAACGAAGAAAUCGUCUGUGGUCAAACGAUCGACAAGACGUCGAAGCUCCGGAAGAAGGUGGUUCCGGAUGGAGCAAGAAUCUGGACGCUCGGUUGGCGCAAGCCUUUAUCGUCCUGUACCACCUAAUCUUAUCUGAACUGGAGGGCGCUUCACGAGGUGAUUUGGAGGGAUAA